UUUAUCGCUCGCGUCGCAUGCACACGCUCUUUCUCGCUCUCUCGCGCUCGCCAUCUUCGAUCCCCCCGCCCCCCCCCAGUUUCUUCCUGCGCAGCGCCAUGAGACCCGGCUUCUUCCUGCUGCUCGGCGUCGCGCUCGCGUGCUCGGCCUCGCUCACGCCGGGGGCGGCGGCGGCGGCUGCGGAGGCGUCGCCGGUGGCGCAGCACUGCGUGGGGGACUUCGACAAGGUGACGUCGUGCCUGGACUUCGUGCAGGGGAAGGGGGCGGCGCCGUCGAAGCAGUGCUGCGCGUCGGUGGGGGAGAUAAGGGAGAGCGACCCGGCGUGCCUCUGCUUCUUCAUCGAGCAGAUCCACAACGGGAGCAGCCCGAUGAUCAAGAGCAUGAACAUCCAGGAGUCCCUCCUCCUCCAGCUCCCCUCCGCCUGCGACCUCAAGAACUCCAGCAUCAGCGACUGCCCCAAGCUUCUGGGCAUACCUCCAUCGUCUCCGGACUACGCGAUAUUCACCAACGCCUCUUCGUCGACGGCCGCCCCGGUGACCGCGGGAACAGGAAUGCCGUCGUUGCCCCAAAAAGCCAAUGACACCUCGAGCGGAGUCGUGCACAGGUGCAUGAGCGCCAUGGCGAUUCUCGCGACCGUCCUUUUCGCCUUGUUUGCCCGUUGGUUCGAGGUUUGAGCGGUCGGCGAUGUGGUGAAGGUUCAUCGAUCGCGGCCUAGUUACAAUUUGUAGUGAAGUUUGGGAUUCCUCGUCCUCGCUCUUCUGUAGAGUUGGGACAAUCUCUUCUCGUUAAUUUGUACUUGGUUUAAACAUGCUUUUCCUUUCUGAGUUUGGUGUUAUUGACCUUGUUCUGUUUUGGUAAAGGCAAUUCCUGUCCUAUUCCUAUA